GCCCAAGUUCCAUGGAGUUUCCUUUGGAGCGCAGCCUCUACGCAACACUCAAGAGGAUCGAGUAUGUGCUGCUGGUCAAAGGACAGGGUAUCGAGGAGCUGCGGGGUCACUGGGCACGGGACAGCAGCACGAGCGCGUGCCACAAAUGUGACGAGCGCUUCAGUGCCUUCAAGCGGCGCCACCACUGCCGCCUGUGUGGCGACCUCUUCUGCUCCGCCUGCUGCAACACUCGCCUGCCACACGAGCUGGUGCCACACGCAGACGGGCCUGCCCCCGAGGCGGCGGGACGCGACAGCUGGCAAGGGACGCCCG